AUGUUGAACACAGAGAAAGGCAACCUGACGACGAUCACAGAAUUCAUCCUCGUGGGUUUUGGGAAUAUCCCUGAGCUGCAGCCUCUUCUAUUCUUGCUCUUCCUAAUGAUCUAUAUUGUGACACUAACUGGGAACUUCCUUAUCAUUUUGCUAGUUGUGGCUGACCAUCAUCUUCGCACCCCCAUGUAUUUCUUCCUUGCAAAUUUGUCCUGCCUGGAGAUUUGCUAUAGCUCAAUCUUCCUGCCCAAGAUGUUGGUGAACUUGCUAAGUGGAGAGAGGUCAAUUUCAGUUAGUGGCUGUAUAGCCCAAUUUUAUUUCUUUGGGUCUUUUGUUAGUGUAGAAACUUAUUUCCUGGCAGCAAUGUCCUAUGAUCGCUACCUGGCAAUAUGUAGGCCUUUGAACUAUGCCUCUAUUAUGAAUAGGAAACUGUGUUUUCAGCUCAUGGCUGUGGGAUGGAUAAAUGCCCUGGUAGGUGAUUCCAUAGUGGUAUUUAUGCUAGUUCAGUUAGACUUCUGUGGUCCCAAUGUUAUAGAUCAUUACUUUUGUGACUUGAUCCUGAUAGAAAAACUCUCCUGCAGUGACAUCAGCCUGAUCCAAAUUGUCACAUCUGUCCUCCCUUUCAUUUAUAUUGUCACCCCAUUUUUACUAACUGUCACCUCCUAUGUUUGCAUCAUCACCACUGUUUUAAAAAUCCCAUCUGCUAUUGGGAGGCAAAAAGCCUUUUUGACCUGCUCUUCUCAUCUCACUGUGGUUUGCAUUUUUUACGGUUCACUCAUCAUUGUCUACAUGUUGCCAGACACGCCCACCCUGAGAGACCUCAAUAAAGUCUUCUCACUCUUCUACACCAUCCUUAACCCCUUAAUCAAUCCUCUCAUCUACAGUUUGAGGAACAAAGAGGUUCACAAAGCCCUAAAGACAAUAUGCAGUAAAUUGGCAAAUCAUGCAAGGAACCAAUUGAACUCAACUCUUUCCUUUGCCUUUUUUCAGCCAGCAUCCUGA